AUGGCCAUUCGGAUGCAGGUCGCCUUCGUCCACGGUCCGAUUAUGAUCCUGGCAUGUGUAUCGCUCCUUUUGUUGGAAGUAUUCUGUGCCCUGGUCCGAGCGGAUGAUCCGAACAAGGCGCUCAUUAUUGCUUCAAAAGCGUUCGGAUAUUAUGAAUUCUCUUUCAUCAGUAACCAGUUUCCGGACAUAUACCAAGCAUACUGGGCCGGAUUUCUGGAGACGAACAUCACCUACGACUUGACAAGAGCGCAUUUCACAAAUACCGCUAAAGGUCUGUGUGAAGAACCUUUAACUGCCGAUUGUGUCAAACUGAAGCAAUGGUUAUCGGAUAACAUAGAUUACAUGUUGGAGAACUUUAUAUACCGUGGAUUCGGUGACGAAUUUUGGUAUCAUGUUGGCCUGCAAUUAUGGCAAUUGAAGGGAAUGUCGGAUGCCUACCACAAGCGAUUUGUACGCAACUCCUCAGUCCUAACACACGCUUAUCCAAAAGGAUUGAAGGAUGAUGUGUUUGGAAUCUACAUUAUGCAGCUGAAUGGAGACUUAGAUGAACUGCUAACUGCUCUGCGAUUGGAUAACGUUUACAAAGAUCCGAUCAAGAAAGUCACACGGCAAGAUGAUCAUCCGUCCUGUUCCGCGUUGAUUAAACUUGUCCCCGAGGAUAUUUUCAUCUCCCAUGUGACCUGGACCAAUUACAAAACCAUGUUGCGUGUGCUCAAGGUCUAUCGGUUUCCGUGGAAAAUUCGAAACGGGGACGGGAGACGAAUACCGGGAGAAGCCAUAUCCUUCUCAUCUUAUCCGAGUGUUACGUCAUCUAUCGAUGAUUUCUACAUUACAGCUGCCAAGUUGGUUACCCUUGAAACAACAAUUGGCAACGACAACGACGCGCUAUGGAUAUUCGUCCGUGAAGGAGCUCGCAGUUCGGUGCUCUCGUUCUUUCGUGCUAUGAUUGCCAAUCGUCUGGCUCGAACUGGCGUGGAAUGGGCAAGGUAUUUUCGACAAGAAAACAGUGGGACUUACUUCCCGGUUGUGAGCAAUCUGAGUGGAAUACCGGAGAAAAUGGCUCGGUUCGGAGACCAUUAUGAUUACAACAAAAAUGCGCGCGCAAAAAUGUUUCAACGGGAUCAUCAGAAAGUAAAGGAUCUACAAACCAUGCACGAUCUGAUGAGGUACAACAAUUACAAGGAAGACCCGCUAUCCCGUUGCAAUUGCACACCACCGUAUUCCGCGGAUUUGGCCAUCGCUUCUCGGUCUGAUCUGAACGACCCGAACGGAUCGUAUCCGUUGCAUAAUCUGGGAUUUCGGUUGCAUGGUGCCUCGGAUGCUAAAAUCACUAAUAUGGCUAUGUUGGAGACGCUCGAUUUCCUGGCAACCAGUGGUCCACCUUACACCUCUGUGCCUGCAUUUCAAUGGUCCAAAUUGCCAAUCCAUUACGACAAUCCGGAAAUGCAACCGGAUUUGUGGAAGUUCCAGCCUUGCCUUACCAAUUUCACUGGGCCUGUACAGGCUUAUCGGGCGAAAAGAUUGAUCGCACCGUCUUUGAAACCAACAUUCUGA